CUCCGCUGCUGUCAGCCUCAGAUCCGGGGGACACCGCUGAGGAUACAUGCGUCCAUGCUUCCUGGAGUUUAUCGGGAAUAUCGUCUUUUUAACUUUGGAUUUUGUCCUCUGGCUUUAGGUUCAACAAUUGGAGCGUUUUCUUUUCUUUUUUUAAAACUGUGUGAACUUCAGUGAGGCCUUACUAGAUCACGCAGAAUACGACGGAGAAGACCGCGCCAGCGUUGAGUUGAAGGCAAGAGGAUGGGGAGCCGGGGGCACCACCGGUACCACUGGCAGAGCCACAAUGUCAAGCUCAGCGGGGUGGACGACAUGGUGCUGCUCAGCAAGAUCACGGAGGACGCCAUCGUGGACAACCUCAAGAAGAGAUACAUGGAUGACUACAUCUUUACAUAUAUUGGUCCUGUGCUCAUCUCCAUCAACCCCUUCAAGCAGAUGCCCUACUUUGGUGAAAAAGAAGUUGAGAUGUACCAAGGCGCAGCUCAGUAUGAGAACCCUCCUCACAUCUACGCUCUGGCAGAUAACAUGUACAGGAACAUGAUGAUCGACAGGGAGAACCAAUGUGUCAUCAUCAGUGGAGAGAGCGGAGCAGGGAAGACUGUGGCAGCCAAAUAUAUCAUGGGCUACAUCUCCAAGGUCUCAGGGGGCGGGCCCAAAGUACAGCAUGUCAAAGACAUCAUCCUUCAAUCCAACCCGCUGCUAGAGGCUUUCGGCAAUGCCAAGACUUUGAGAAACAACAACUCCAGCAGAUUUGGGAAAUACUUUGAGAUCCAGUUCAGCUCCGGUGGUGAACCAGAUGGAGGGAAAAUCUCCAACUUCCUUCUGGAGAAGUCACGUGUUGUUAUGAGGAAUCCUGGAGAGAGGAGUUUCCACAUCUUCUACCAGUUGAUCGAAGGAGCCAGUGGAGAGCAGAAGAGCAGCCUGGGAAUCACGAGCCUUGAUUACUACACUUACCUCAAUCAGUCUGGUUCCUACAAAGUGGACGACAUAAACGACAAGAGCGACUUCCAGGAGACGACGCACGCCAUGGAUGUGAUCGGCAUCUCUGCAGAGGACCGCUCCAUGGUGCUUCAGAUUGUGGCCGGAGUCCUGCACCUGGGAAAUAUCACCUUCAAGGAAGCAGGCAACUACGCUGCGGUGGAGAGUGAAGAGUUUUUAGCCUUUCCUGCGUUUCUGCUUGGCAUUGACCAGAAUCGUCUGAAGGAGAAGCUGACGAGCCGGAAGAUGGACAGCAAGUGGGGAAGCACAAUUGAGUCCAUCGACGUGACGCUGAAUGUGGAGCAGGCGUGUUACACACGUGACGCCCUCUCCAAGGCACUGCACUCACGAGUGUUUGACUUCCUGGUCGAGUCCAUCAACAAAGCCAUGGUGAAAGAUCAUCAGGAGUUUAAUAUCGGAGUGUUGGACAUUUACGGAUUUGAAAUUUUCCAAAAAAAUGGAUUUGAACAGUUCUGCAUCAACUUCGUGAAUGAGAAGCUGCAGCAGAUAUUCAUAGAGCUGACUCUGAAGGCGGAGCAGGAGGAGUAUGUGCAAGAGGGCAUCAAGUGGACUCAGAUUGAUUACUUCAACAACAAGAUCGUCUGUGACCUCAUCGAGAGCAAAAGUCCUCCUGGCAUCAUGUGCAUCCUGGAUGACGUGUGCGCCACCAUGCAUGCAGUGGGCGAGGGAGCAGACCAGACUAUGCUGCAGAAGCUCCGAGUCCAGAUCAACACACACGAACACUUCAACAGCUGGAACCAGGGCUUCAUCAUCCACCACUACGCCGGCAAGGUGUCCUACGACGCAGAGGGUUUCUGCGAGAGGAAUCGAGACGUCCUUUUUACUGACCUCAUUGAGCUGAUGCAGAGCAGUGAAAUCGGCUUCAUCAGAGGGCGGUUUCCAGAAAACCUCAACGCUGAAAAGAAGGGUCGACCCACAACUGCAGGCAGUAAAAUAAAGAUACAAGCCAACGAUUUGGUGGGCAAGCUGAUGAAAUGUACUCCGCACUACAUCCGCUGCAUCAAACCCAACGAGACCAAGAAGCCCAGAGACUGGGAGGAGAGCCGCGUAAAGCACCAAGUGGAGUACCUGGGUCUGAAGGAAAACAUCAGGGUGAGGCGUGCUGGCUACGCCUACCGCAGGGUCUUCAGGAAGUUCCUCAACAGGUACGCCAUCCUGACCAAAGAGUCCUGGCCGACGUGGCAAGGAGACGAGAAAAAAGGCGUCAUUCACCUCUUGCGGUCCGUCAACAUGGACCAGGAUCAGUUCCAGCUCGGACGUACCAAGAUCUUCGUCAAAGCCCCCGAGUCGCUCUUUCUGCUGGAAGAGACGAGGGAGCGCAAGUUCGACAGCUACGCCAGGACCAUCCAAAGAGCCUGGAGGAAGUACCUGGCCCGCAAGAAGUAUGUCCAGAUGAGGGAAGAAGCCUCUGACCUGCUGUUGAACCGGAAGGAGAGGCGGCGGCACAGCAUCAACAGGAACUUCGUAGGUGACUACCUGGGCAUGGAUGACAGGCCGGAGCUUCGGCAGUACCUGGCCAAGAGAGAAAAGAUCGAUUUUGCCGACAAAGUCACAAAAUAUGACCGCCGCUUUAAGGGAAUCAAGAGGGACUUGAUCCUGACCCCAAAGUCUGUGUACCUGAUCGGAAGAGAAAAGGUGAAACAGGGACCAGAGAAAGGGCAGGUGACCGAGGUGCUGAAGAGGCGGAUUGACGUGGAGAAGAUCUUGGCAGUAUCUCUCAGUACGAUGCAGGACGAUUUCUUGAUCAUGCACGAGCAGGAGUACGACAGCCUGCUGGACUGUGUCUUUAAGACCGAGUUCAUCAGCUUACUGGCCCGCAGGUUUGAGGAAAAGACCCAGAGGAAGCUACCUCUCAAGUUUAGUAACACACUGGAGAUGAAGUUGAAGAAGGAGAACUGGGGCUUCUUGAGUGGGGGGGGCUCUCGGCAGGUCCUGUUUGUCGGGGGUCAGGGGGACCUGCCAGUACUGAAGCCUUCGAGCAAAUCUCUGCAGAUCAGCGUGGGCCCUGGGCUUCCAAAGAACACACGCCCCACAAGGAAGAACUUCUCUCAGGUUCGCUCCAGCGCGACCAGAACUCCCCAGAACACCCCCUCCAGGGCGGCGCCGGGACCUCCAGUUGCUCACCAGAACGGUGGGCACAAAACCGCCAACCACGUCGCCAACCAGAGGAACUCGCAGCAUCACAACCAGAGGAACGCCCCGACCGCCAACGCCACACGCCCCUUCCUGCCCAGCAACGCCAACCAGCUGAAGGAGCGGGGCGGCAGCCGGCCGCAGCCCAACCUGGACUGUCUGAGGGUGCCCGAUCAAGGAGCUGCAGGCAAUGGAGACAGACGGCCAACUUCAAAUGGAGGAAUAGCCCACAGACCAUCAGCCAGCAGGCCUGCACCGGGAGGAGGGCGACCCAAACCUGCACCCAAACCCAAACCCCAUGUGCCCCAGUGCAAAGCUUUAUACGCCUACGACGCUCAGGACACAGACGAGCUCAGCUUCAACGCUGACGAACUCAUCGACAUCAUCAAAGAGGAUGCAUCCGGGUGGUGGACAGGACGACUUCGUGGAAAGCAGGGACUUUUCCCCAACAACUACGUCACCAAAAUCUAGGAGCUGCCGGUUUACAGCUCGAGGAGGAGAGCCGGCUGCAUCCCCACUGACGCUCUGGGGGGGGCGUGAUGGAGCUUACAGGAGGAGGGAGGAGGAGCACCGCGAGACUCCUUGAGGAGAGAAACUCGCACAGCCUCCACUGUCCUGGUGAAAUCAUUUAUGUCCGGGUGACACCGGAGCGAGGGGCCGUGGCGCUCAGAACGAGGCUCUGCUUUAAAGACAAGAAGAGUGUUCUCCUCCGGGGUCCUUUUCCAGUACUGAACAACACUAUUUAUUGUAUUUAUAGCCUUCUGUUUCCUUACUGUCAUUUAUACCUUGCUGAGGAUUUGAGCUCUAACGUUUUGGAAGCGUUGGAAUGAAGUAUGUUUAAUCUGUGGGAUCAGGCUUUUGAUUUAUAUUUUUAGAGUAAGGUUUGAUUGCUGAAUCAAAGGUGAUCGCCUCAGUGGCAAAACUGAAGCUGAACUUCUGCUUUACCAGGAAUAUUUAUUGUGGUGCAUAUCUGUAGCUUUGUACAGGGGAGGGCGUCUAGAGCAAAUCAUCACACUGUGAUUUACAAUGAUUUUUAAUACCAAAGGUCUAGAAAAGAAUCUGGUCAAGUGGUGAAAUACCUGGAGAACCAUCCUCAUCUUUGUUUUUUUUUUAGUUUUUCUGUCACACCAGUAUAUUUUAGACACAGAGAAGGAGCAAUGUAUACUGUAACCUGAGCAUGCUGUCUGUGGUGUAUUAGCACUUUAUUGGUACAGGUACGACCUUGGACACGGACAUCGUCACUCGUUCAUGCCACGGCCGGUAAGUCAAGUCUAUGAAGGACAAGUUGUAAAGAGAAGAAAGAUGAGUUACUGAGGAGAAUAAUUAGUUUACAUGAAAUGGUAAAAAAAGGCAUUUUGAAUCUGAUUCUGUAUAUGUGUUCAUUUUUUUUUUUCGGGCUACACCUAUUGUUGUUUGAAUGAAUCGUUUUUUAUAUUUUCUUUGAAGGAUCUUAGUAUUCACAUUUUUCUGCUUUUGAUACUCAAAAGGCUGCUGUAUUUCUGGUUCAGCCACAGAUUGAAUACAAUGGUUAAGAUGGAUUAGGGUGAAUGAGUUUUUGUUCGUGCAAAAGUUGUUUUUGGUGAAAGUUGUUUUUUCGUGGCACUACAAAUAAUUCCUUUUGCUUCUGCACAAAUGUUUCUGCACAUCUUUUUUUUUACUGCUGUUGCAUUACUUAAACAUUCCUUAAUAUUUCCUUAAACAAAUAACCACCUAACGCUCUUGUCAGUAAAAAACAGAUACCUUGAACUUCUGUCAAAUAUGGUUUCAUCUUGGAUAGUUGAUAACAUCCUUGUGCAAUACAACAAAGCGGAUGAGUAUUUUAAUAAACAUGUAAUAUUGUCUUUGAA